GCCGCUGUUGCCGCCGCGCAUUGUGCAGCAGGCGCCCCCGCGGCAGGGCCCUGAACCGGCGGGUUCCCGGGGAUGGUGAGCAAGACACUCCUGCGCCUCGUGUCUGCCGUCAACCGCAGGAGGAUGAAGCUGCUGCUGGGCAUCGCGCUGCUCGCCUACGUCGCCUCUGUUUGGGGCAACUACGUUAAUAUGAGCUUUUUACUCAACAGGUCUAUCCAGGAAAAUGGUGAAAUGAAACUUGAAAGAAAGAUUGAAGAGAUUGUUGAACCACUUAGAGAGAAAAUAAGAGAUUUGGAAAAAAGCUUCACCCAGAAAUACCCACCAGUAAAAUUUUUAUCUGAAAAGGAUCGUAAAAGAAUUUUGAUAACUGGAGGAGCGGGCUUCGUGGGCUCCCAUCUCACCGACAAGCUCAUGAUGGACGGCCAUGAAGUGACUGUGGUGGACAACUUCUUCACUGGCAGGAAGAGAAACGUGGAGCACUGGAUCGGCCACGAGAACUUCGAGCUGAUCAACCACGAUGUGGUGGAGCCCCUCUACAUUGAAGUUGACCAGAUAUACCACCUGGCCUCUCCAGCCUCUCCUCCAAACUACAUGUACAACCCCAUCAAGACGCUGAAGACCAACACGAUCGGGACGUUAAACAUGCUGGGGUUGGCGAAGCGAGUCGGUGCUCGCCUGCUCCUGGCCUCCACCUCGGAGGUGUAUGGAGACCCUGAAGUUCACCCUCAAAGCGAGGAAUACUGGGGCCACGUGAACCCGAUAGGCCCCCGAGCCUGCUACGAUGAAGGCAAACGGGUUGCGGAGACCAUGUGCUACGCCUACAUGAAGCAGGAGGGCGUCGAAGUGCGAGUGGCCAGGAUCUUCAAUACCUUUGGGCCGCGCAUGCACAUGAAUGACGGGCGGGUCGUCAGCAACUUCAUCCUGCAGGCGCUCCAGGGGGAGCCGCUCACGGUGUACGGAUCUGGGUCACAGACCAGGGCCUUCCAGUACGUCAGCGACCUGGUGAACGGCCUGGUGGUCCUCAUGAACAGCAACGUCAGCAGCCCCGUCAACCUGGGGAACCCAGAAGAACACACCAUCCUAGAGUUUGCUCAGUUAAUUAAAGACCUUGUGGGUAGUGGAAGUGAAAUUCAGUUUCUCUCCGAAGCCCAAGACGACCCGCAGAAAAGAAAACCAGAUAUCAAAAAAGCGAAGCUGAUGCUCGGGUGGGAGCCUGUGGUCCCGCUGGAAGAAGGUUUAAACAAAGCAAUUCACUACUUCCGGAAAGAACUCGAGUACCAGGCAAAUAAUCAAUACAUUCCCAAGCCAAAGCCCGCAAGAAUAAAAAAAGGACGGACGCGCCAUAACUGAGAACCUCACUCUCGGGACGGAGACUCCCUGUUUCACACUGAUGAGAUGUACUUUUCUUUUUUCUUAAAGAGACUUAAACAGGUGUCAUGAAGAACAAACUGGAAUUUUAUUCUGAAGCUUGCUUUAAAGAAAUGGAUGUGCCUAAAAACUCCCCUCAAAAACCUGCAAAUUUUGCCUUGCACUUUUUAAAAUCUGUCUUUUUAUGUAAAAUAGCAUCUCUGCGUAUUUUCAAGUUUUUUAUCUUGCUGUGAGAGCAAACGUCACGACUGUCGUUGACAGUUUUUUUUACUGGUUUCUUUGUGAAGCUGAAAAGGAACAUUAAAUGGGUUUAAAAUGCC